AUGGCGCCGCUGUCCCCGCUCCUGCUGCUGCUGCUGCCGGCGGCCGUUUAUAAAGGCACUUUUGGGGAAGCCCAUUUGAGAAAUCGGAGAGGAAUUCUGGAAUUAGCCGGAGCCAUCAGAUGCACCACAGGGCGCUCCCCUUUUGCCUACCUACGCUAUGGAUGCUACUGUGGCCUGGGAGGAAAAGGAUGGCCCAAGGACAGAGUGGACUGGUGCUGCUUUCACCACGACUGCUGCUAUGGGAGAGCAGAACAAGCAGGUUGUCAGCCAAAGACUGAGAGUUACCACUGGGAAUGCAAAGACAAUUCUGCUGUGUGUGACUCACUAGAAGAUGAAUGUCAAAAAAUGGCAUGUGAAUGUGACCGUGAAGCAGCCAAAUGUUUUUCUAAAGCUCCCUACCAUAGAAAAUAUCUUUUAUGGCCAGACUUUCUGUGUGGUGAGAUUCAGCCUUUGUGUAGGUAUUAAAUAUAUACAAGAGUCAUGUAUCUAACUCUAAAAUGACUUUUUUUUUUUUGCCACAGUAAUAACAACAAAUCAUCUUCUCCUUUCUUGUUACUCUUUCAUUCCACCUCAGCCUCUCUACCCCAAAAUGGCCAAAGUAAACAUUUUUCCUCUUAUUUAUCUUCUCCCAUGCACUUUUACUGACUAAAUAGAAAUCUAAGUUUAUCAGCUUAAGGAGUAACUGACAGUGUUAAUUGUUUUGUUUCUAUUCAGAUACACAGAUUUUUCAGAUUGAUAAUAUCAUUCACUGUGAACUUUUUUAUCCCCCUCCACUGGCUAUAAGAUACAAAUCAAACUUCUCCACUAACAAAUCUUAGCAUUUAUUAACUUUGAACUGACUGGAAAAAGUGCAUGAAGUGACAGUGUCAGCACAAAGAGCCCUCUCAUCUACAUUAAACACUCAUUACAAAGCCUAA